AUUCAAAUUAGAAACUUAGGUCCGUCUGGGCCGCGAUAGACAUAUAUGUUCACGCACACAUCUCCAAUCAGCAGGUGAAAUUGUGCCGGGUUGCCCGAAGCUGAGUGCCCUAUAUACAACUGGCGAUUUAUAAUAUUCGUCAAAAAUUCAAACAGAAAAUCCCAAAAAAAAAAUAUAUAUAAAUUCGUGUACCACAGAGCAUAAGCCAUGGUAACGGUUGGACUUUUAUCGAGCCUGCUCUGCGGCCGCAGUGUUGGCAGCGGCGUUGUCUGCAUUCUAGCGCGCAUCGCCAGCCCUAGAGUGAAUCUCAAUCUAAAUCCACGUUGCCUCAGCUUCUUGGGCAGCAUCAAUAAAGGAAAUGGCAGACCAUCAGCCUCAUCAACAUUGCCUUCAACAACCACGACAGCGACAACAAUAUUGUCACCGCUGCUUGUCGCCAGAUAUCGCAGCUAUGCGCGUCUUAGCACUAAAUCAAACUCGCACUGUGCUAACGCCAACAAGACGGACACCAAAUCCUCAUCAACGGCCACCACCACAACCAGCACCAGCAACAGUACCAGCACCAGCAGCACCACCACCACCAACGUAUCCAACUCAAACGAACUGUUUGGCGAGGCGGCGAACAUGGGCCUCUUUGCCAAGUUCAAGCACAUGUAUAAGCAAUAUUGGUAUGUGCUUAUACCUGUGCACGUGAUAACAUCGAUUGGAUGGUUCGGCGGCUUUUAUUACCUAUCAAAAAGUGGCGUCGACGUGCCUGCCGUGCUCCAGUACUUACACUUGAGCGAGAACAUCAUUGAGAAGGUGCAGGGUUCUGAUAUGGGCCACUACGCGAUCGCCUAUCUGUGCUAUAAGGUGGCUACACCAGUGCGCUAUGCAUUGACACUGGGUGGAACCACGUUAUCCAUCAAAUAUCUGGUGCAGUGGGGUCAUAUCAAGCCGAUGCCAACCAAGAGCCAGUUGAUAAAGAUGUACGAGGAUACGAAGGCUACGCGCGCCAGUGCCAAGGCUAGCAAGGAUGAGAAUCGCAAAUGAUCGACGGCUAUAAGGCGCCUUCAUCGUCGCCUAUUAUCGUUGUCACUUGCCAUUCGGCGUUUAGUUGGCUAGUUGUAUUUUUAUGUUAAGCUUUUUCACGUUUAUUAAGGCAAAUGUUGUUUCUGGAUAUUAUCUUCCCGCCCAGACGCAUCUGAAAACAUACAACCGGAUAACAUAUUUUUUAACGCCGCUGCAUACGUUUGAGAGGAUUACACAUGAAUGAAUAUUUCAUAUAUACAUAUAUAUAUUUUGUAAUAACA